GGGUUCCCUCCUCGUGGCAGGCAAGCCAGGCUGUUGGGAAGUUUGAGUGUCUUAGAGACCCUUUCAGCCUUGCGUCCUCUCACUUUGCAAGCUGGUGUCAAGACUGUGCUAAUGACCUCCAGGUCCUACGUCUCUUGUUGCCUGGUGACAAAGUUUCACAGUUGAAGAGGAGAAGCUGGGACUAGCAGGCAGUUUUUCAUGAUUUUUCCUCACACUGAUCACUAUCCAAUCAGAACAACAAACUUCUAACACUCCCUUACUAAAAGAACAUGGUUAAGGGCAAGAAAGGCCCCAAGGGCAAGAAUAUCACCCUCAAGGUGGCCAAGAAUUGCAUCAAAAUCACUUUUGAUGGGAAAAAGCGCCUUGACUUGAGCAAGAUGGGAAUUACCACCUUCCCCAAGUGUAUUCUGCGCCUUAGUGAUGUGGACGAGCUGGACCUUAGCCGGAAUCUGAUCAGGAAGAUCCCUGACUCCAUCUCCAAGUUCCAGAACCUCCGGUGGCUGGACCUGCACAGCAACUACAUAGACAAGCUGCCUGAGUCCAUUGGCCAGAUGACCAGCCUGCUCUACCUCAACGUCAGCAACAACCGGCUGACCAGCAACGGGCUGCCCGUGGAGCUGAAGCAACUCAAGAACAUCCGCACUGUGAACCUAGGCUUGAACCACCUGGACAGCGUGCCCACCACGCUGGGGGCCCUGAAGGAGCUCCACGAGGUAGGGCUCCAUGACAACCUACUGAACAACAUCCCCGUGAGCAUCUCCAAGCUCCCCAAGCUGAAAAAGCUCAACAUAAAGCGGAACCCCUUUCCAAAGCCAGAUGAGUCGGAAAUGUUCAUAGACUCCAUCAGGAGGCUGGAGAACUUGUAUGUUGUGGAGGAGAAGGAUCUGUGUGCGGCUUGCCUGAGAAAAUGCCAAAACGCCCGGGACAAGCUGAAUAGAAUCAAGAACAUGGCCACGACGACACCGAGAAAGACCAUCUUUCCCAAUCUGAUCUCACCCAAUUCCAUGGCCAAGGACUCCUAGGAAGACUGGAGGUGACUUGGAACCUGACCCUGAGGCAGAAGGGAAAGAGAGAGGGAGGGAAGAGGGCUGUGGGCUGCAUCCACAGGAAACCAAGGGCUCCCCUGUGGCUGCAGC